ACACAGUCACUUCCGGGGAGAAGCGGCCGCGGGUCUCUCGCUCGUCUCGUCUCCGCGUCACGUUACAUCGCUGAAAACAAAAGACGCCACGAAAAGUCCUUCUCUCUCGGCUCGAUCGAUCGCCCGCCCGCCCGCGCUCCUUUUCGGCGGUAGACCCGAUCCAGCUCGGGAUCGCUCAGGCGGUAUAUUUUUUUUAAAAAAAAAGAAAAACAUAAAGCGGUCGCGGCUGUUUUGUGAAUGUUCAGAGCUUCGCUCCCGCCCUCUCUGCCCCGCACAAAGAUGGCCGCCGGCGAUACGACUUCGCCAGAGGCAGUAAACGUGCAGGUGAAUUUCCAUAGGAAUCUGUCUCAUACAAUUUUGCUGGUUCAGCCAACCAAAAGGCCGGAAGGCAGAACAUAUGCUGACUAUGAGUCUGUAAAUGAAUGUAUGGAAGGUGUCUGUAAGAUGUAUGAAGAGCAUCUGAAGCGAAUGAACCCGAACAGCCCAUCGAUUACUUAUGACAUUAGCCAGCUCUUCGAUUUUAUUGAUGACUUAGCUGAUCUCAGUUGCCUUGUUUACCGAGCCGACACCCAGACGUACCAGCCCUAUAACAAGGACUGGAUCAAAGAGAAGAUCUACGUCCUCCUGCGCAGACAGGCCCAACAGGCGGGCAAAUAGCCAGCAGUUCACACAGCAGGCGGUAUACAGUGCACUUCCCGAGUGUUAGUGUUCAAGCAGUGCUCUCUUCACUCAGUUCAGUUUGGUACAGUAAUGGGAAACAACAGGAAAUAGCACCCGAACCCUGUGGCAGACGGGUAAUGAUGACAACGUUUUUUUUAUAUAAACGUGCAGAUGUUGGUUUUGUCUUUGUACUAGAGUUUAAUAGAUGCCAUCAAUUGAAGCAAAUUGUUUGUUUGGUUGGGAUGCCAUUUUAAAUUCUUAUUUUUACUUUUCAAUAAAGGUUAAAAACAA